AGUGAUGCAGACAUCCGGAGAGAGGCAGACAGCUAGAGGGGAGAGGACGGAGUGUAAGCGUCUACUGAUGGAAGGAGAGUUACCUUCAUUCCUCUCGCCACAUUGCGUCUACGAUUGUAAUCCGGCCAUGGCCAAGUGAGGCCACCCACACCCGCGCUUUUGACUCCUCCUGGUCCGUCAUCACUGCAUCGGUUCGGACAGUAGUUCCUGCUUCGGGACCUCCGGGGAUGAAUUCGGCCGAGCAGACGGUGACCUGGCUCAUCACACUGGGGGUGUUGGACUCUCCCAAGAAAAGCAUUCAGGAUCCAGAGGCUUUUCUCCAGACCUCACUGCAGGAUGGCGCGGUGCUGUGCCGACUGUUGGAGCGCCUCCGACCCGGGACAGUGGACAAAUUCCACCAGGAACCGCGGAGCGACACGGAGAGUCAACGCAACAUCGCUGAGUUCAUCAAAGGCUGCGGCAGCUUCGGCGUUGAGCCCUUUGAGGUCUGCGACCUCCUGCAGGGAUUGAACUUCCCCAAGGUCCUAAACACCCUGGUCGCCCUCAGUAAAGCAACAGAAGAUCCAGGUGUUGGCACGUGUGUGCCGCACUCUUCCUCGUCCAGGAUCAAGUCCUUCGACUCCCUGAACACCCAGACGCGCUCCUCCAAGCUGCUGCAGCCUCAGUAUAGAAGCCUGGACAUGUCAGAAGGCAACGGGUGUGGCCGUUUGCUGGUCAAGGCGCGCUUCCCCUUCUCGCAGACGAAUGAGGACGAGCUGUCGUUCUCCAAGGGUGACAUCAUCAGCGUAAACAGGCAGGAGGAAGGAGGCUGGUGGGAGGGUUCUCUAAAUGGCAAGACAGGCUGGUUUCCAAGUAACUACGUACGCGAAUUGAAAGGAAGCGCAGACAAGACAUUGGACAGGCAAAAGUCCGGGACCCUGAAAAGCCCCCCGAAAUCCUUGGACGCCAAUAUCAUCAGCAAAACCUACUACAAUGUGGUCCUGCAAAAUAUCCUGGAAGCAGAGACCGAAUAUUCCAGAGAACUUCAAAAUCUUCUGGGCUCGUACAUGCGCUCGCUUCAACCCACAGAGAGACUAAGCGCAUUGGACAUCAGCCACAUUCAGGGAAACCUGGAGGAGAUCUCAACCUUCCAGCAGAUGCUGGUUCAGUCUCUGGAGGAGCGCACCAAACCCCCCGAGAACCAGCAAAGGAUCGGGGGCUUCUUCUUGAGCCUGAUGCCCCAGAUGAAGACCCUCUAUGUUGCCUACUGCUCCAACCACCCGUCUGCUGUCCACGUGCUCACCCAGCACAGUGAGGAGCUGGGGGAGUACAUGGAGUCCAAGGGGGCUUCCAGUCCAGGGAUCUUGACUCUGACCACAAGCUUGAGUAAACCUUUCACUCGACUAGAGCGAUACCCGACCCUGCUCAAAGAACUGGACCGACACAUGGAGGACCAACAUCCAGACAGACUGGACCUUCAAACUUCCAUGGCAUCCUUCAAAAGCCUCGCUAUUGAAUGUCAGGAAGUGAGGAAGAAGAAGGACCUGGAGUUGCAGAUUUUAACAGAGCCAAUCCGGAACUGGGAGGGCGACGAUAUCAGAACGCUGGGCCCAGUUCUUUUCAUGUCCCAGACGGCGGUCCACACUCAAGAAUGUCAGGAGUCCAACGAAUGUUACCUGGUCUUGUUCCCCCACACGCUGAUCAUCCUCUCAGCCAGUCUAAGAAUGAGUGGCUUCAUCUACCAGGGUCGGAUCCCUCUGUCAGGAAUGCUGAUCUCCAGGAUAGAGGACGGCGAGAACCUUCGAAAUGCUUUUGAAAUUACUGGUGCCCAGUGUGAGAGGAUGCAGGUCGCCUGCAACAGCCAGAAGGAUCUUCAAGACUGGCUGGACCUUCUCACCAAACACACGCAUUCUCCUGCAGCACACAGGAUUCGCUCUGUCUGCCACACGUUGCCCCUGCAGCCCGUCACGCCCUGUAGACACUCUGAGUCUCGGGUUGGGAGCAGUGGAAGCAUCUACCACACCCUUCCUCACCUGUCAGUGCAAAGCAGCAGCCCCAUGUGGGGUCCUCUGGAGCCACUCAGCACCCCCAAACCCUGGAGCCAGAGCUGCCUUCGCCCAGCUCCUCCGCUCCGACCUUCUGCUGCUCUCAGUAACAAUCAGGACUUGAGUAAAAGCCCCAAAAACAUGAAGAAACUGCUGCCAAAAAGGAAGCCAGAAAGAAAGCCUUCGGAGGAAGACUUCACUGUCAGAAAGAGUACGGCUGCGCUGGAGGAGGACGCUCAGAUCCUGAAGGUGAUCGAGGCUUACUGCACGAGUGCCAAGACGCGACAGACUCUCAACUCCACCUGGCAAGGGACUGACCUCAUGCACAAUCACGUACUCGCGGACUCCAGCCUCACCGUUGCUGGUAACGCCGGCAACCCACCAUGUCCCGAUCAGUCAGAGGACUCGGAUUAUGACAGUAUUUGGACCACCCAUAGUUAUAGGACUGCCUCGUUCUCCCGCUCCAGCAGGAGGGAUGUUCACAUGUUGUUUCCAGAGGAGGAGAAAAUCAUUGUGGAGGAAACCAGGAGCAACGGACAAACUGUCGUGGAGGAGAGGAGCCUGGUGGACACUGUGUACAGUCUAAAAGAUGAAGUCCAGGAGCUUAAACAGGACAACAAGAGGAUGAAGAGGACUCUGGAAGAGGAGCAGCGAGCGAGGAAGGAGCUGGAGAGGAUAAUACGCAGAGUUCUGAAGAACAUGAAUGACCCAACUUGGGAUGAGACAAACCUCUGAACCUCUGAUGGAAAGUCAACCAUUCCGAGAGCCACCGACCAUCACCACUUUUAAAACAGACAUAACAUACUAUUGUUCAUUAGGCCAGAACCAAGUGACCAUAAAGCUGUGAAGACACUUUGGGUUAUGAACAUGAAGAUGCUUGAUGAACUGACCAGUGAAGAGACUGACCGCCGUUGCCAAAAACAUUUGUUGCUGUCUGUAAGUCUUAAUAUUUACCCUGAAGAUGACUUUUUUUUAAACUAACAAACUGGACCCUCGUGAACUUCACAUCCAUCAUGACUAAGCUAGCAGCCAUAAAAUAUAUCAGACAAAAAUAGGAAGUAAAGAAGCCAUUGUAAUCUUUUCUCAUUUCUGGAAUAGAUUAAUAUACUGUGACACAAUCUCCUCAUUGAUCAGAGGGAACUGCCUAAAUGUCAAAAGCAAAAAUAUGUUCAAGUGAGCUUCAAUCCACACGUGAAAAGAACACUGUGUCUCUUGAACAAAACCACUGUGCUUCAUCUUGAAUGGCGAAUUUCAACUCUUAACUUAAGCAAUAAGUGGAACAUGCACUUCUCAAUAUGCAAUGUGCUUUAUAUGGAUUUGUUAUUUUUAUAUAUUUUUAUCUGAACUUCUCAUGAUUAUGAAAUACCUGCGGCUGGACUACAGCUCCACUUAUGAUGAUUCCACCCUCCAAAGUAAUUGAAAAUCAAGUAGAUCAUCAAUUGCAAAAAAAAUGAUAGUAAACGGACACUUUUGCGUUAAAUCAGUUUAUAUUUUAUAAAUAAUCAUAACUGUUAUCAAGCAAUAUAAUGGGAAAUGUCACUCUUUUGCUGUUUUUCUCUGAUGAUAUUUAUCACAAUGAGUUGCAGUAAUGUCUGGUUAACUACCUAAACUAUUAACAUGAUGGCAAAAUGUCACAGGGAAUGUGUUGUGGUUAUAUUGACUCCACUGGAAUAUACAUUUCAGGUAUAAACACAAUAUCCAAAACUAUACGAACAGUAAGACUAACUCGUAUUAACCUGUAAAUGCAUUGUCUUUUAAAUGAUGUCAGUAGUGUGGAUGGUUGUGCUAGUUACAUCUCCUUUAUUUAUUCGUCUGUCUGUGAAUAAAGUGUUGAAUUGUGCAAUAGGAACGGUCAUUGAUUUGGGGAAGUAAAUGGAGACAUCAUCGGUUGAUUCGUGGAAGUAGAAGACUGAAGCUAG